AUGAAGAACGUAGCGAAAUGCGAUACUUGGUGUGAAUUGCAGAAUCCCGUGAACCAUCGAGUCUUUGAACGCAAGUUGCGCCCUAAGCCUUCUGGCCGAGGGCACGUCUGCCUGGGUGUCACAAUCGUCGUCCCCUAUCCUCUAAGGAUACAGGACGGAAACUGGUCUCCCGUGUGUUACCGUACGCGGUUGGCCAAAAUCCGAGCUGAGGACGCCGGGAGCGUCUCGACAUGCGGUGGUGAAUUCAAGCCUCGUCAUACUGUCGAACCCUCUCGUCCGAAGCUUUAG